GAGAGAGAGAGAGAGAUCACAUUGUUGUAGUGUGUGAUUCAUUUCUGCAGCUUCUGUUUCUUAUUCCUCUCAUUAUUCAUCAUCUGUUACAGAUCAUGGAGAUAUCAUCUACUGUCAGUGAGAGAAUAAUCUAAUAUAUGAUUUUAAUGAUGCGAUAUUGAUCUUCCAUCAAUGCGUUGAUUUUAUUUGAUUACACCAUAAAAAACCAUCAUUCUUCAGUGCAAAUUUCACCAUAUUCCUUUCUAUAAUCUGGUAAAUUGUUGAUUCUGUUCUUCUCCAUCCAUUCAAGAUAAAUGGACAAAGGUCAUGGAGGAUCAAGUCGAUUAUCAACUCAUAUGCGACACACAGGUUUGGAUCACAACGUUUUCUUGAGUAAAUCACCAAAGAAAGAGAAGCUUAGAAGAUUGAAUUCUAUCGCAAUGAAAAAACAAGAAACUGAAACUCAAAAAUCAAACGAUUGUACAAAAGACGAAGAAGAAGUAGCUGAGGCUCUAUUUGCAUUGGCUCAAACAUUCAACAAAACUUCAGAAUUAGAACCAGUAGAAACUUUACACGUGGAACCACCUCCAAAAGAAGCUGACGUCAUCAGCACCCAUGGGAUCAACAAUUCACGAAAGAGAUGUUGGGUUCAUGUUUACAUAUGUCAUUUUAUUAAAGCUGACGUCACCAGUGUAAAUGGCAUAUGUAUAUCUAACAAACAAGCCUUGCAAUAAGCUUCUGAAAAUUGUUCUUGUUAACUUGUGUAAAUAUAGUAAGAGUAACAAUAUAUGGUAAUUUAGUAAUUAUUUGUACUUCAUGCAAUGAAAGUUGUAUCCCUC